AUGACUGUGGAUUAUGAGAAGGACCCCAGGGCUAAAGAAGCUAUUGCAAUUUGGGAAAAGGGCGUAUUGAAAGAAAAGGAUGGGUCAAUGUCUGAUGCUAUAAACUUCUAUAGAAGCGCACUGAAAAUUCAUGACAACGUGGAAAGACUGUAUAGGAAAAAAUUACAUGAUGAGUGGAUCCUGCAUAAAAAACUCUCUGAACUAUCCGUAGUUCCUAAAGAUUCAAGUGAGCAAAACGGAACAGGUAAAGAUGCCUUGCAUGGUGGUGAAAAUGUCGACCUCCCACCUUGUUGGAUUCUGGAAAUUUUACCGAACGAUAUUUUACUGAGAAUUAUAAAAAGGGUGGUAUUAAUGUCCGGUGAAUCAUGGGUAAAUUUGUCAAUGAGUUGUUCUACUUUCAAUAAACUUUGUUUCCACGACUCUAUGCCUUUUAAAACGUUUGCAAAGUACAUAUAUUCCAAGCAAAAGUACAAUCAAAUGGCAAUGGAUCUGAAUGGGAUUACCAACGUAUGUACAUUCGAGAAGGAGAUGUGGCAAGGGGAUGAUAUCCGUAUGUUGAACGAAAGACCAUAUAUCAAGUUCGAAGGUAUUUACAUCAGCGUGGUGAACUACUUAAGGUAUGGUUCUAACGCAGAGGGCUCAUCGUCUCUCUUGAAUCCAGUUCAUAUGAUCACGUAUUACAGGUACUUCAGAUUUUAUGAAAAUGGCCAAUGUUUGAGAUUACUCACGACAGAUGAACCUAGCUUUGUCGUAAAGCACUUUGCCAAAGAGAACAAACCUAAACAUAGUGAUACAUGUUAUUGGACCCUCGGAUUCGAUUAUAAUUUUGGUCAUUUGAAGAUAAUGAGAUCAGAUGAAAAAUACACGUUUGUUGAAGAAUUUCAAAUCAAGAAUCAAGGCACUAAAAGAUAUCAGCGAUUAAAAUGGUUAAGUUCUACUGUUAUGGAUAAAGAAGGUAAUAUGUCAGAUUGCUCGUUGAAGAAUGAGAAGUCUUUUGUUUUCUCAAGAGUGAAGUCUUUCAAGAGUGUCGGUUCGAAUCGAUAG